AUUGCUCCUCAGUUUUCUCUCGUUGCCCCUUUCGAAUAGACGUUGGCUCCGAUGCGGCGUAAUGAAACACAUAUAUAUCAGUAAUAUUCAAUAACCAGAGUGAAGUGAAGUGAAGUGAAGAGAAGUGAAUAUAGUAGGUUACAAAAUCGAAAUCGAAAUCGAAUACGAAUAUGGCGCACAAUACGCGCAGCUCCGAUUUGUCGCAGAUAGCGGUCAAUGCCAACAAUAUACCUGAUGAUAGUGUGGACUGUGGCAUCAAGGGUCUGGGAUGGUGCCGUGGCCCUGGAUGCCAGAAGUUCGCCAGACUGCGCACCUUUGUCCUGGUCCUGGCCACUUCCGGCAUGCUGCAGGGUGCCUGCGAGGCAUAUUUCCGCGUUUCGGCCAAACAGGCCGCCUUCCAAUUCGACUACAAUCCAUUGAUAGUGGAUUGGCUUCUGGUUACCAGUGGCCUGUGCCAGGCAGUUUUCGCACUGGCCUUCGCCUACUGGGCGGAUGUCUACCAUCCCAUUAAGUGGCUGGUGGGGACUCUGAUGCUGCAAGCGGUUACCUGCGUGGUUGCUGUGAUUCCAUCCAUUAUAAACUUUGCCGAGGGAACCAAGGCCAAAGAUGCCGUCCUGGAUGCCAAUCUGUGUGCCACUUCACUGGCCCAGUUCCAGAAGCUGACGCUGACCGAGGCCCAAAGUAGCACCCUCACCUUAACGAUGCUCUUCGUCCUGCAACUGGCUUUGGGGAUGGGCGGACUGGCCUACUACACCCUGGGAGUGAGCUACAUCGACGACAACUCCUUGUCCCAGGACAGCCCAGCGGUGAUUGCAGCCACACUGGCUGCCCGCGUUUUUGGCCAACAGGUUGGAUCCUUUUUGGUGCUCGGAGUGGGCUUGACCCAUGUGGGCUGGUGGCUGGGUUGGGUGAUCCUUGCCCCAUUCAUAUUUGUGGGAGCUGUGAUGUUGGGACUCUUCCCCAAGAGGCUUCCAAAGACGGUUAUACACCAGGCGGCUCAGAGGAUCAUAGAGCAGUCGAGGAUGCGGAAUUUUGGGAGUCAGUUUUCGACCUACCUGGAUGACUCCAAUUUUUGGCCUUCCCUCAAGAGGCUCUUCAAUAAUAGGCUGCUGAUGUUCAACCUGCUGAGCAUCAUGUGUGUGCAGAGUGCUCUGGUCAACUAUGGACUCCAAGAGGAGAGCUACCUGCAGAGCCGCUUCUUCCUGCCCUACAACGAGCAGGACGGCCUGACGGAUGAGUGGCGAUCCGCCUUUGUCUCCUACUUCCUGAAGCCCCCAGUCAUGGCUGUGGGCAUGCUGGUCAGUGGUCUGGUCAUCUCGAAGGCUCAGUUGUCGGCUCGCACCAUCACGGGCAUCAAUAUGGGCCUGAGCAUCCAUCUGGUGGCCAUUUUUGUGGGCUUCAUCUUCGUCAAGUGUGAUGUGGGCGCGAUUGCCGGCGUGGUGGGCGGAAAACUGAGCCAACCCUACUGCUCCAGCCAGUGCCUCUGCACUCCCACGGCCUUUAUGCCCGUCUGUCCGGAGAACAGUACGAUCACGUACUUUAAUCCCUGCUAUGCCGGCUGCUCCAAGACCACGUCCAUCAACACAUUUCAAAUCUACGAGGGCUGCAGCUGCAGCGGAGACCAGACCCAGGACGCCUCGGGCCAGAUGAGGGCCACUGCCGGAGCCUGCAGCUCCAAUAACUGCCAGUCCGCCAUCCUCAUAUUCCAAAUCAUGAGCAUCUCAGUGGCCUUUCUGAUGGGCGUUGGCGCCAUCGGCAAGACCCUAAUCACUUUAAGGGCAGUGCUCCCGCAGGACAAGACCCUGGCCCUGGCAUUUGAGCUGAUGAUCGUGGGACUAUUCGCCUACGUUCCAGUCCAUCUCAGCUACGAUAUGGUGACUCGAUCCACCUGCGUUUAUUGGGCCCCCAACUACGAGCGUUGCUUGCUGCGCGAGACCCCCAAACAUGGAAACAUCUUGGAUAUCCUGACCGCCUCCUUGAUCCUGGCCAGCAUAUUGUUCGACAUUCUGGUGUUCAUCUUCGCCAAGGGCCUCAAUCUCUACAACUGCAAGGUGACGGACAACAACUACACCCCCUCCCUGUAUGCUCCAAUUCCACACGAAGACACUACCGCCGCGGACACAGCUCCCCGAGGAGGGAGCCCAGUUACCACCACGACGACAUCCGUGCCAUCCCCAUCGCCCAUGCAACGUCGGGAUGUGCCGCCCAACGAGGACAGGGAUCCACACCCAGCAUCUGUCUUCCGGAACCCUAGUUCAGUAACGACCUCGUCCGGGGGAGCCCAGAGUAUCGUGGAACCAAAUGCCAGUGGAGUAACCUACGCCCAGGUAGUAUUCCCGCCAGACAGACGCAAGCCGGACGACGGCAGCACCAGUCCAAAGAGGUUGGCGGUACCGGCCAAUAUUCCCGUACAUCAUCUUUCCGAGGCGGAUGUCCGCACUCAACUGAGCACCCUGAAGUCCUUCCAUUCUCCCAGCCAGGUGGCUGAGAGGGGCGAGGAUACUGUGGACACCGACGAAGCGGAGGUGGUUCACCAGCAGCCCAAAGCUCAAGCAAAUGUACUGCCAUAUGUUCAUUCGGAGGUGCCGCCGCCAAUCCCUGACACCUCACCCCCACACUCCAUAAUAUCCGGAGAACCAGAUAUCCACCAGAGACCGCAAAGUCCCGAAACGGAUUUCUGAAGCGGCGGCACAUAAAAGUAUUUUUUAUUACAUUCUUCAUUACCUUAUUAAUUUUAAGAACGACAAUCAAAUGCCUAAAAAUAAUAAAGUUUAACAAAUAAAGUUAUUUUCCUUUAAAUUGU